UUUAAUUUUGAUAAUUUUUGUUUUGAGUUAAUUUUUUGAUGUCAUUAAAAAGUAAAACGGCGUGCCAUAGAAACAGAUAUAUUAAACUCAACAAACUAAAAAUAUCAGUUUGGCAUAAAAAUUGAAUUUAAUUUUUAAAUAUCUACCAUGAUAUUUUUAAUUCGCAGAAUAAAAAACACUUAAGUAGGAAUUUUUUUAACGAUAUCAAAAUAAAUACCUUUAGUCCGAGCCUGUCCUCCCUACUCCCGCCUUCAGCUGUUCUGCGCUUCGUUUUUCUACGGCGGCACGCAGUCUAACAAAGCUUUGUCGGGCCUAGUACGCAGCCUACUAUUAUAAGGUCGCCAUUUGCGAUUUCUUUCUUUUGUUCUUUGUAUCGCUUGGUGAACACACCUGUAUUUAGUUUUAUUAUUUUGAGUGCGUGGGUGAUAUUUUACAAUGUUUCCAAGAAGUUUACUUGAUGAUGAAGAAAAUAAUUUGAUUUGGGAUCAAACUGAUGGCGCUCUUGAUCAUAUUCAUAGCUUUAACGAAAUAAACAAAAGAAACUGCUGUUCUCAACAAACAAGCGAAAAUUACUUGGAUAUAAAUGGAUAUAGGGGUUACAGUAGAGGAACACCAAAAGAGUAUGCUGCAACUUCUGGAUCAAUGAGAUAUUUUCCUAAUUUUGUAAAUUAUGGUCUCCCAUAUGAUUACUCCAACAUGGGCCAGAAUUUUCUACCCUCUGGUGCAGCAUCAUCAGAAGUACCAGACGUUUUUAAUUUCAACCCAUGGUCUCUGUUCUUAGAUUCACAAAUGGAAGCUACCCCUGUCCUGUCAGAUGAUGGGGAAGUAGCUUUUCCUGCGAAGUACUUAACAAAUGAAAAUGUCGUCAAAGAAUUGAAUAAAAAAGAAAAUUAUUCGUCCAAAACCAUUAUUAGUGCACCAGUCCCAACCUUGGAAGUUAUGAAAAUUACCGAUAAAAAAGAGGAUGAUCCUGGUGCAUCAAACAUUGAGUUUGCACGCCAAAAUGAUUCAUUGAAACAAUUUACAAAUACUAGCAAGAAAACAUCGUUGGAUGCAUGUGAAAAAAACGUUCCAGAUGAAAAUCCUUCGGCGUCAAAUAAUGAUUUGGUACGUCAAUAUGUUUCACUGAAAGAAUUUAUAAAUGAAAGCAAGAAAACUUCAGUGGAUAGAAAAGAUCAAAACUUUCCAGCUGGCGAUCUCAAAUUCAGCAAAAAGUACCAAUACUCGCCUUACUGCUGCCAAUUUUGCAAGAAAAACGGAGAAAUAAAGGAGAUGUUUGCUACCCACAACUUGAAGAAUCCAGAUGGCACCAUAUGUUGCCCCAUCCUAAAAAAAUACACGUGCGAUUUGUGCGGAAAAACUGGGGGGGAGGCUCACACAAGAAGCCACUGCCCUUUGUUCGUCAAGAAGCAAACUGUUUUGCCGAAAUAUAAGAGAUUGUCCAAUGGCAUGCUCACCACUAGGAUUCACCAGAAAUAAGGUUGUUUUUAGGCACAAAUUUAAUUUAAACCCUAAUUGACUUUAAAAUGGUCAUAAAUGGGUUAAGACGAAUUUUAUUUCUUUAAAUAAUGUUACUGUUCCUAAGGGUACAUAAUUUUUGGUUAACCAAAUAUUAUACAAAAUAAUUUAAAAUUGUGUUAAAGAUGUAGGUAGAUCUUUUUAAUUUUCCAAAGCUGCAAUUCUUCUUUUAGAUAAUGUAGGCUUGUGUGUUAUUUUUUCU